CUCCAAUGUCUACAUAACCAAUGCGGACGAGGCCGUUGACUGGGCUGCAGUCAGAAAGAGUGAACAGCAGCAAGAUUCCAGACUAGGAAGGUGGGACAUCUCUGCCCACCAUCCUGGCGGCACAAGCUCCCAGUCUUUUGCUGGGAACCAGGCUGGCCUUGUUAUCAGUUCAAGGCCUUGACCUAGGGCCUGUAUCAUCUUCUCCUUGUGAGCCGCGAAAACUCUUGAGGUGAUUCUCUUGGACGGUUUGAGAUAAGAAGUGUUACCUCCUCUUUGCCACACAUCUUUUAUAUCUUUUUAAAUUGUCAAAGCUUAUCAGGGUCUCCAACUCGUACACUUGGGACAUACACAGCAACCCCGCAUUUUGCACCCUCUCUGCAAGCACAGAUAUUCAGUCAUGGCGCCCAAGAACCGCAUUAUCAUUGAUACCGAUCCAGGUGUCGAUGAUGUCCUGGCACUGUUGCUGGCCCUCAGCGCCUCUCCCGAGGAGCUCGAGGUGGCCAUGAUUUCGGUCACAUACGGCAAUGUCCCGCUGCAAAGAUGCCUCCGCAACGUCGUGGCCAUGUUUCACGUGCUGGAGAAAGAAAUGAAAUGGCGCGAGGCCAACGGCAAACCUACCUUUGGUGCCUUGAACGCUUACAAGCCUAUUGUUGCCGUUGGUGCUUCUCAUCCCCUGGAAGAUGAAGAGCUGGUGGCGGACCAUUUCCAUGGUGAGGAUGGGCUGCAUGGUGUUCACACAGCUCACCCUGACCUGAGCCCCGCGGAUACCUGGCGCACCCUUUUCGGUGACAAGGUGGAGGGAACUACAGACUCUGAUGAGCCACCAUCAUUCUCCCGUUUCUUCACCCCUAGCAAGGGUCCUGCCCACGAGGAGAUCCUCCGCAUCUUGAGGGAAGAGCCAGAGGACACCAUCACAGUCGUUGCCGUUGGGCCACUCACCAACGUUGCCCUCGCAGCCGCCAAGGACCCUGAGACCUUCCUCCGCGUCAAGGAGCUUGUUGUGAUGGGAGGUGCUGUCAACACUAUCGGAAACGUGACUCCUGUGGCCGAGUUCAACUGCAUGGCCGAUGCUGUUGCCGCUGCCAGAGUUUACGCUCUCACGUCCAAGGUCCCCUCAUCGACGAUGCCACCAACAAUACACGGCAAGUCGGUCCUGGGUGCCUAUCCUGAGAAGUUGCCCCGUCAACUCAAGCUGAGCUUGUUCCCCUUGGAUAUCACUACUCCCCACGAGCUCCACAAGGAGACUUUCAACCAAAAGAUCCAGCCGCUGCUGAAGCAAGGCAGUCCCCUUGCCAAGUGGACCGAAACCUUUUUGAAUGGCACUUUUAACAAGAUUGACUCGAUGCUCGGCGAGGGCCACAACGAGGGCCUGUCCCUUCAUGACCCGCUGACCAUCUGGUACAUGCUGACGCGCGACCAUCCCGAGUGGACGACUGUGCCCAAGCCAGAAGACAUCCGAGUCGAGACCUGCGGCCAGUGGACAAGGGGCAUGCACGUCAUCGAUAACCGUGGGAGAGCCAAGCCGGCCGAGGUCGACAGCACAGUAGAGACACACCCCGAGGACCCAAUGGAUGCCGUCACGUUCGAUGAGGUUCCUGGUGACACGAUGGGCUGGCUCAGUCUGAGAAGGGGCAACAGAAUCAACAGGGUAGUGUCGUCGCCGGGCCAGGAUGCCUUUGCUGGUAUUUUGCUGGACAGAAUCUUUGCCUAGGUGUAGGUAGAACUGUCUGAGACGGGGAAAAAUAAAACUUUGUAGAUUCCUUCCUA